GGGAGAGGGCGCGGCGCGGGGUUCGCGGCUGGCGCUCGAGUUGUUUGCCGGCUCCAGGGCGGCCAGACGCUCGCGGGGAGCCCGGCCGGCUCGGACUGGAGGGAGCGGCCGGGAAGGAGCGCGUCCCGGGUCACGACGGCGCCCGCGAGCCGAGCGCGGCCGGGACGCGCAUCAUGGACCCGAAGGCGAGCGGCGGCGGCGAGGAGGACGACUGCGUGGACUCGGGCGCCGAGACCGGAGGGUCCGACUACAGCCACCUGUCCUCCACCAGCAGUGAGCUUUCCGUUGAAGAGGCGCAGGACCCUUUCCUGGUCAGCAUCCACAUAAUCGCAGACCCAGGGGAGUCCCAGCCCCUGCAGGAGGCCAUCGACAAGGUCCUGGCGUGGAUCCACCCGAACCUCCCGCUGUUCAGGGUGUCCGAGAGGCGGGCAUGCAGGCGGCGGCGGAAGCCCCCCAAGGGCGCUCAGCCGGCGCUGGCGGUGGUGCUGUUCCUGCAGGAGGAGUACGGUGAAGAGCAGAUCCUGCAGCUGCACCGCACACUGCAGCAGCCGCCCUGGCGCCACCACCAUACCGAGCGUGUGCACGGCCGGUUCCUGCCCUACCUGCCCUGCAGCCAGGACUUCUUCACACUGGCCCCUGGGACGCCGCUGUGGGCCAUCCGGCCAGUGCACUACGGCAAGGAAAUCGUGCGCUUCACUGUCUACUGUCGCCACGACAACUACGCCGACAGCCUCAGGUUCUACGAGCUGAUUCUCCGGAGGAGCCCCAGCCAGAAGAAAGCGGACUUCUGCAUCUUCCCUAUUUUCUCCAAUCUGGAUGUGGACAUCCAGUUCUCCCUGAAAAGACUGCCCUGUGACCAGAGCCCGGUGCCCACCGACUCGUCCGUGCUGGAGUUCCGAGUGAGGGACAUCGGCGAGCUCGUGCCUCUCCUGCCCAACCCUUGCAGCCCCAUCAGCGAGGGGCGCUGGCAGACAGAGGACCACGAUGGGAACAAGAUCCUCCUACAGGCACACAGGGUGCAUAAGAAGUUUCCUAAACCUGGCAGAGUGCAUCAUUCCUCCCAGAAGAAACGUCAUUCCACUCCUUUGCCGAGCACUGCUGUACCAACCCAUACACCUGGCAGCAGCCAGCAAUCCCCGCUCAACAGUCCUCACCCGGGGCCCAUCCGGACGGGCCUGCCUCCUGGGCACCAGCAGGAAUUUGCCGGACGAGCCAACAGCACCCCCAACCCUCCCUGGUCUUUCCAGAGAAGCAAGUCCUUGUUUUGUUUGCCCACGGGAGGCCCCUCCCCGGCCUCCUCAGCUGAACCACAGUGGUUUUCAAACACAGGUGCCCCAGGGCACAGGGCAUCAGAGUGGAGGCAUGGCCACCUCCUCUCCAUCGAUGACCUAGAGGGGGCCCAGGAGACAGAUGUGGACACAGGCCUGCGGCUCUCCUCCUCGGACCUGUCUGUGGUCUCUGCAUAUUCUGCACCCAGUAGAUUCUGCAGCACAGUGGAGACACCCCUCCCCUCCGAAAGAUGCAGCAGCCACUGGGCAGCUCACAAGGAUUCCAGGGAGGGACCACUGCCCGCUGUCAGCAAGGUGACCACAGAGACCUCCUGGGCUUCCCUCCCUUUCUUCACCAAAAGGUCUUCCAGCUCCUCAGCGUCAGCUGGUGCUGCUCCCCCAGCUCCCAGCACUUCCACCCUCACAGACUCCUCCCCACAGCUCCCAUGCGAUACCCCCAAAGUCAAGCAGACUGAUGGAGAUGUGCCACCACCCCCAGGGUCGGCUGGCCCCGGGGAUAAUGACAUGGAGGAAUUCUACAUCUGAAUGCCCUCUGCUCUUGUUCUCAAAACACACAAACUCAGACACACAGACUCAGGCCACACUGCCCCUCUGGCUGCUGAGCGCACCGCAUUCUUCAUGAUCCAUUUCCCAGGAGCUGUAGCACAUUUGCCUACCACCCACUUUUAUCUGGGGGGGUGGUGUAUCUCUAGGGACACAGCAGAAAAAUACUGGCAUUUUUAUGCAAAUAAAUUCUCAACAAACUUGUCAUAAAAUAUAUUUUUUGAAUAUUCAGCAUUUGAGAUAUGGUUUAGAGGGUUUAUACAAUUUAAAUGGCUUAUAUAAUUAUUUGAAAUGAAAAGAAAACCUAGUCAGCCAGAACCAAUUUGGCCAUUUUUCCAUGGUAUGAAGGAAAAUCAAUUAAGGCCAAAAUAUUGAAUGUGGGAGAGAUACUAAGUGACUUGUAUGAGGCAUUACUGCAUAAUAACGUAACGCACACCUUACUGGAUUCUCCAUAUAUAUUUACAUUACCAGAGAACAGUGGCCCUAGGGAUGUUUAAGCACUGCUUAUAGUGGAAAAAGUCAGCUUGAGAAGUAAACAUAUAUCAGACUACAGGUAAUUCCUCACCUUGAAGCCGUGCAGCACCUAAAACUCUGGAUUUAUACAAAAGUUGCUAAUGUGUUUUAUAAAGAUUUAGCAUGAGUAACAGACUCUUGGUGCAUUUAAAAUAUGUGAAUUCCAGAAAGUAGAUUUGCAUACACCUUUUCAACAGCACAUUUCACUGGAAUGGAUGAAGGGCUUCAGAAGACCGCUCCACUACCUGAAUUUAUUUGGAUCACUGAGGAAGAGCAUUUGUUGGGAUUACAGAAUUACAGGCCAUUAGACAUCAUGGGCAGGUAGGCUUAACAUUCUUCAACUUUCAGAAACCACAGUCUAAGGGCUAUAUUCAAAUGACAGAGCCACACCGUCUACUGCUUUCUACAGUGACCAUGCUGGGUCACACAUCCUGUGUUUCUCGUUUUUCAGUGAUUCGGAACAUUUUAGCCAGCAUUUUGAUUGCACAGAUUAAUAAUACUGUUCUCCCCCAAACGGGAAACUGUACAUGAAACGCUCUCCUGAACAAACACCAGUGCACUGCCAGCCUCACAUGACUGCAUGGGAGCUUUAAUUAACACUGGAGCUGGAGCCCAACGACCUUGGCUUUUCCUGCCUGUUAUCUGCUACUGUCACAGUGCGAAUGGCAUUUGAAUCUCACCUCCCUCUCACCCCAGUAAGGGUAUGUUUGUUUACAGCUCCAACCUCAGCAAUGCCAAAGGCUGGCAUCGGGGGCAGUGCCAAGCUGUCCCUGGAUACUAUUUUACCUUUGAGGAAGAAGAGCAUGGGUUUGCCAAGCUCAAUUCCCAGGCUGGUGCUCCUUGAAUUAAUCAUGGCACAGUGUUCAUCUCUCUGGAAAUGCCCACGCCAGCCCAGACACAGCCUCAGAGUCCUUUCCAACACAACCCUCCAGGCAGCAGUUACCAACCAUCAGCCUUCAGCUGAAGCUUCAAGUCUUUGCCAUCCUUGUAAUGAGAGCCUUAGGUCUUGCCCCAAGCAUUCUGGAUUCUCCAACACUCAGAAUUGUAAUAUUGUGCUUUAAUUCAAAUUUUUAAAAAUAUAUAGUCUACUAAUUCAGGACAAGGGGUAAGCAAACUUUUUCUGAAAAGGGCUAGAUAAUAAGUAUUUUAGGCUUUGCCAGUCAUAUGGUCUCUGUUGAAGCUACUCAACUCUGCCACUGUAGUUUGAAAGCAGCUAUGGGUAAUACGUUAUUGAACGGGAGUGACUGAGUUCCAAUAAAGUUUUAUUAUUUAUUUAUUUAUUUUGAGACGGGGUCUUGCUCUGUUGCCCAUGCUGGAGUGCAAUGGCACAAUCUCAGCUCACUGCAACCUCUGCCUACUGAGUUCAAGCAAUUCUCCUGCCUCAGCCUCCCAAGUAGCUGCGAGUACAGGUGCACACCACCAUGCCCUGCUAAUUUUUUGUAUUUUUAGUAGAGAUGGAAUUUCACCAUGUUGGCCAGGCUGGUCUCGAACUCCUGACUUUGUGAUCCGCCCACCUUGGCCUCCCAAAGUACUGGGAUUACAGGCAUGAGCCACUGUUCCCAGCCAAUAAAACUUUAUUUACAAGAACAGCUGGUGGGCCAGAUUUGGCCCAAGGGUCAUAGCUUAUUAUCCCUUGAGCCAGUCUGCUGCCUGAGGUUGAUUCAACAUUCCCAGCUCCAGUCAACAACAAAAAUUCUAAGUCUCCCGCCCACUGCUGCUGUGGUGUGUCAUGCCAAGAAAAUGGGCUACUCAGGUCAGACCAAUGACUACAGAACCACAGGGCUCAGAACAGGAAAGAGCUGCUUUCUGCAGAGCUGAUUCCUGGAAAGCCACCAGCACUCCACCUCCUGCCCAGAAAUGUGAUUCAGUCAAUAGCUGAUGAUGAAAAGCAACCUGCAAACAACAUUAGGGAGAAGGAGAAAAAUAAUUCAGAGGUGAUGAUACUGCCUCCCAUGAACAGGGAAGCAAGUUCAUCAGUAGCAAAAGUCAGUGAGGCAAAAAAAAAAAAAAAGGGGCUAACGGCCGAGGGCUAGCUCCUUCUCCCUAAUCAGUGUCCUUAUUUCAGUAUGCUCACAUGCUCACCUAGGACUGCUUUAGAGUGCAACUCUGGCCCCCACCCUUUCCCAAUGACCCGCCCUCAUCACAGUCCAGUCUACCAAACUGAGUGACCCCAAAGGACAUCAUAGACAGCAUUUGAAAGCAAGAAAUGCAGAAUGUUCCCACAGCAUCAGGUGAGCAGGGAGAGGACACCUACUGCAGACUGCAUGGAAAUGGCAGUCCCUCCACGGAGAGGGACUCACAGGAACACAUUUACCAAAGCCUUCCCUUCCAUUUCUGGCCGUUCCAAUAGCAUCUUUCUCGUCCGGAAGGGCUCCCAAUACUCUCUGGAGGAUCCUGACUCAUUUGGAGUAUUAUCCUUGUAAAAGAUGCUGGCACAUUGUAGGUGCUCAAUAAAUGUGUUCAAUUGAAAGAUA